AUUUCUGGUUCUCGAUAGUUACCAGCUGCGUCGCCGGCUAAUCACAGCACCUUGGCUUGUUCAACAUUAUAUGCCAUCAUGGCACCCAUAAAGAGCAUUCUUUCCCUGCGAAGAGCAUUCUUUCCCUGCGAAGAACCAUCCUCUAGCAACAAGACUGCUCAGCACACAAGCAUCAACCACUCCUCCCACCCCACAAGCCCCUCCUCCACCCCCACCUCCCGAGAAAACCCACUUUGGCGGCCUCAAAGACGAAGACCGAAUCUUCACAAACCUCUACGGCCUUCACGACCCUUUUCUCAAGGGCGCCAUGAAAAGAGGCGACUGGCACCGGACCAAAGACCUUGUCCUCAAAGGCACCGACUGGAUAGUCAACGAGAUGAAGAAAUCCGGCCUCCGAGGCCGUGGUGGCGCCGGAUUUCCAUCCGGGCUCAAAUGGUCCUUCAUGCCCAAAACUUCCGACGGCCGUCCGUCAUACCUCGUCGUGAACGCCGACGAGAGCGAGCCCGGGACUUGCAAGGAUCGUGAAAUCAUGCGACACGAUCCACACAAGCUGUUAGAAGGCUGCUUGAUAGCUGGCAUGGGAAUGCGUGCUCGUGCAGCUUACAUCUACAUACGCGGCGAGUACGUGAACGAGAGGAUUAACCUCGUGAGGGCUCGCCAGGAAGCGUAUGAAGCCGGACUUCUCGGAAAAAACGCUUGCGGCUCGGGUUACGAUUUUGAUGUGCACAUUCAUUUCGGUGCCGGGGCUUACAUAUGCGGCGAGGAGACUGCUCUCCUCGAGAGCCUCGAGGGCAAACAGGGAAAACCGAGGCUUAAGCCUCCUUUCCCGGCGAACGCGGGCCUCUACGGCUGCCCGACAACUGUCACGAAUGUCGAGACGGUCGCAGUCUCGCCUACGAUCCUGAGGCGCGGGCCUGAGUGGUUUUCCAGCUUCGGGAGGAAAAACAAUUCUGGGACUAAGCUGUUCUGCAUCUCGGGGCACGUGAACAAGCCGUGCACGGUUGAAGAAGAGAUGAGUAUUCCGUUGAAGGAGCUUCUCGAGAGGCACUGCGGUGGGGUCCGCGGGGGUUGGGAUAAUCUGCUGGCGGUUAUACCGGGAGGCUCGUCUGUCCCUUUGCUCCCGAAACAUGUGUGUGAGGAUGUGUUGAUGGAUUUCGAUGCGCUCAAGGCCGUGCAGUCGGGUUUGGGGACUGCGGCUGUGAUUGUGAUGGACAAAUCGACUGAUGUUGUGGAUGCAAUUGCUCGGCUGUCGUAUUUCUACAAGCACGAGAGCUGUGGGCAGUGCACGCCAUGCAGGGAAGGUACAGGAUGGCUGUGGAUGAUUAUGGAGAGGAUGAAGGUUGGGAAUGCAAAAUUGGAGGAGAUUGAUAUGCUGCAUGAGGUGACGAAGCAGAUAGAGGGGCACACGAUUUGUGCGCUUGGGGAUGCAGCUGCCUGGCCGGUGCAGGGGCUUAUUAGGCAUUUCAGGCCAGAGCUCGAGAGGAGGAUCAGAGAGCGGGCAGAUAGGGAGCUGCAGCAGGUGGCCGCUGCUUGAUUCGUCUGAAAUGAAAAAGUGUCUUUUGACCCAAAACGGACCCAACUCCAAGUCAACAGCACGCAAUCUAGCAAAACCUGGGAAAAUUCCUCCGAUUAAAUUUUCAUCCUCUGCAAUUCUUCUGCUUAAACUGCAUAAAUCAGUUAUGGUGGGUCUUUCUCUUGGAGAGCAAAAUUUUAUAAAGGGUGGAAUUGCGCAGGAUUUGCGUACUGAUGGUCGUAAGCGAUUAACUUACCGACCCAUCUCUGUGGAAACUGGUGUCAUUCCUCAGGCAAGUGGCUCAGCAAGAGUGAAGCUCGGGGCAACGGACGUUAUAGCAAGUGUGAAGGCUGAGCUUGGAAAGCCAAGUGCAUCUCAUCCUGAUAAGGGGAAGGUUUCUAUAUAUGUAGAUUGCAGCCCGACGGCUGAGCCAACUUUUGAGGUUGGGAGGCAUUACAUUGUAGAUGCAACUACAGAGGAGGAAUCCCAAAUGAGUUCGGCUAUCUCGGUUUCUAUAAAUAGGCAAGGGCGAAUAUGUGGGCUGACGAAAAGAGGAGGUGCGGGCCUCGACCCAAGUGUGAUACUGGACAUGAUAUCUGUUGCUAAACAUCCGAGGCCUGUGAUGAUGAGGAUGAUGACAUGGAGUCUUAAAGGG